AUGUUUCCAUCCAACGUAUGGCUGGGCCAUCACGUGUGCGUAAUGAUCACCGGCGCCAGCCGUGGUCUCGGCCGACAACUCGCGCUCUCAUUGGCCCAACACUUCGCCGACUAUCACCGGCGACGAGUGGCCGACAGUCCGGCCACCGCUGACACCGACUAUUCCCUAUCAUUCGUGUUGCUCUCGAGGGACGGACCGGCGCUGCAGACACUAUCGCAAGAGUUGUCGGCCAUCGAUAUCGACGGCCAGCGGAUCCAUACGGUGGACAUCAUAUGCGGUUCACUCGACGAUCACAUGACUAUUCAGUCGUUUGAGAGGACGUGUGAGACGAUAGCGGCCGACACGGGCCGCGCCUACGACCAGCUGGUGAUCGUACACAACGCCGGAUCGCUGGGCGAUGUCUGCCAAUUGACCGCCGAUUACGGGUCGGACAGCGGCGCGAAGAUCGCCGCCUAUUUGGCGCUCAAUCUGACGAGUGUUAUGCAAAUGACGGGCAUUUUCUUGAGACACUUCCGGGCCGUACAGCACAAGACGAUUGUCAAUAUCACGUCGUUGGCAGCCGUGUCGGCCUUUAAAGGGCUGUCCCUCUACUGCAUCGGUGUUGUGUGUUUUGUAUAC